AGCCGCCGCCGUCUCCGCACAGCAGCGUGCAGGGUCAAGGACGGCCAGCCCCCCAUGUCAGUGGUCUAGGAUGGCCAGUGAGAGCACCAGCAUCCCCAGUCCUGUGGUGCGCCAGAUUGACAAGCAGUUUCUGAUCUGCAGUAUCUGCCUGGAACGGUACAAGAAUCCCAAGGUCCUCCCCUGUCUGCAUACUUUCUGCGAGAGGUGCCUGCAGAACUACAUUCCCGCCCACAGCUUAACCCUCUCGUGCCCCGUGUGCCGCCAGACCUCCAUCCUGCCCGAGAAAGGGGUGGCCGCCCUCCAGAACAACUUCUUCAUCACGAACCUGAUGGACGUGCUGCAGCGGACGCCAGGCAGCAACGUCGAGGAGUCCUCCAUCCUGGAGACCGUCACCGCCGUGGCUGCAGGAAAGCCCCUCUCUUGCCCCAACCACGAUGGCAGUGUGAUGGAAUUUUACUGCCAGUCCUGUGAGACCGCCAUGUGUCGUGAGUGCACCGAGGGGGAGCAUGCAGAGCACCCCACAGUGCCUCUCAAGGACGUGGUGGAGCAGCACAAGGCCUCCCUUCAGGUCCAGCUGGAUGCGGUCAACAAAAGGCUCCCCGAAAUAGAUUCUGCUCUUCAGUUCAUCUCAGAAAUCAUUCAUCAGUUGACCAACCAAAAGGCCAGCAUCGUGGACGACAUCCACUCCACCUUCGAUGAGCUGCAGAAGACGCUGAAUGUGCGAAAGAGCGUGCUGCUCAUGGAACUGGAGGUCAACUAUGGCCUCAAACACAAAGUGCUCCAGGCGCAGCUGGACACGCUGCUGCAGGGCCAGGAGAGCAUCAAGAGCUGCAGCAGCUUCACGGCGCAGGCGCUGAACCACGGCACGGAGACCGAGGUGCUGCUGGUGAAGAAGCAGAUGAGCGAGAAGCUGAGCGAGCUGGCCGGCCAGGACUUCCCCCUGCACCCGCGCGAGAACGACCAGCUGGACUUCCUGGUGGAGACCGAGGGGCUGAAGAAGUCCAUCCACAACCUGGGCACCAUCCUGACCACCAACGCCGUGGCCUCGGAGACGGUGGCCACGGGCGAGGGGCUGCGGCAGACGGUCAUCGGGCAGCCCAUGUCGGUGACCAUCACCACCAAGGACAAGGACGGCGAGCUGUGCAAGACGGGCAACGCCUACCUGACGGCCGAGCUCAGCACCCCCGACGGCAGCGUGGCCGACGGCGAGAUCCUGGACAACAAGAACGGCACCUACGAGUUCCUCUACACCGUGCAGAAGGAGGGCGACUUCACGCUGUCCCUGCGCCUCCACGACCAGCACAUCCGCGGCAGCCCCUUCAAGCUCAAGGUCAUCCGCUCGGCCGACGUGUCCCCCACCGCCGACGGCGUCAAGCGCCGCGUCAAGUCCCCCGGCAGCGGCCACGUCAAGCAGAAGGCGGUCAAGCGGCCCGCCAGCAUGUACAGCACGGGCAAGCGGAAAGAGAACCCCAUCGAGGACGACCUCAUCUUCCGAGUGGGGACCAAAGGAAGAAAUAAAGGCGAGUUUACAAAUCUUCAGGGAGUGGCUGCAUCUACAAGUGGAAAGAUAUUAAUUGCGGACAGUAACAACCAGUGUGUGCAGAUCUUUUCCAAUGAUGGCCAGUUCAAAAGUCGCUUUGGCAUCCGAGGACGUUCUCCCGGGCAGCUGCAGCGGCCCACAGGAGUGGCGGUGCAUCCCAGCGGGGACAUAAUCAUUGCAGAUUAUGACAACAAGUGGGUUAGCAUUUUCUCUUCAGAUGGGAAGUUUAAGACAAAAAUUGGAUCCGGAAAGCUGAUGGGCCCCAAAGGUGUUUCUGUGGACCGCAAUGGCCACAUUAUUGUGGUGGACAACAAGGCGUGCUGUGUGUUUAUCUUCCAGCCAAAUGGGAAAAUAGUCACCAGGUUUGGUAGCCGAGGAAAUGGAGACAGGCAGUUUGCAGGUCCCCAUUUUGCAGCUGUAAAUAGCAAUAAUGAGAUUAUUGUUACAGAUUUCCACAAUCAUUCUGUCAAGGUGUUUAAUCAGGAAGGAGAAUUCAUGUUGAAGUUUGGCUCAAAUGGAGAAGGAAAUGGGCAAUUUAAUGCACCCACAGGCGUGGCUGUCGAUUCUAAUGGAAACAUCAUCGUGGCCGACUGGGGGAAUAGCCGGAUCCAGGUUUUUGAUGGGAGUGGCUCGUUUUUAUCCUAUAUUAACACAUCUGCUGACCCACUGUAUGGCCCCCAAGGCCUAGCCCUCACUUCAGAUGGCCAUGUUGUGGUUGCAGACUCUGGGAAUCACUGUUUCAAAGUCUAUCGGUAUUUACAGUAAACAUGGUCAGCUGGACGCCCCUUCACAGAGGUCUCGCGAGAUAAACUGGAAAGGACUCCUCCACAGGGGACCAGAUUAUCACUAAGACUUUUCAUGCUCGAAGGAAUCUUUGAAGAACUUUCCAAGCUUAUUUCUGAAUGUAACAGUUUCCUUUUAAAAACUGCUUACUCAAUUUCCAUAAUUUACUUUUAGGGUUAAAAAACAAAACAUCUCUUCUACGGAAUCUAUACAUGAACUGCAAAGUUUUACACCUGUGAACUAUUGCUUAUAGGACAGGGAUUUAUGUUGUUAAACUAAUUUUUGCAAAUCCAACGUUAGAAAACUAGCUUCUGUAAAGAUACUUGCUAGUCCUGUGAAUGGUAGCCUUUGCACAGAGCUUCCAAAAACAAAAAUCUGUGAUAGUUAUUUAUUUAACCCAAGUCACAGGCUGCAGGGAAUCUUCUAACCUCACUUUUAUAGUAGGUAUUACUCUUGUGACCUUUUUUGAGGGGUUACGAACAACUACACAUGAGAUACUUUAGAAAAAAAAUCACAGAAGGCUGUCUGUCCUGCAAAUUCUCCCAGCUCUGAUUCAUAGGCCUCAGGCACUGAGCACUUGGCAGGGUGGCUCACACCUGGAA